AUGCAAGCCACAUUAACGGGUCAGACUAACAGAUAUCAAAAUCAUUAUAUCGUGGAUAGUAACGAUAGUUCCGGUAUUCCGCAGAGCGACGGAAGUUCAAUAAGCGAUUCUCCACAUCCCUGUGAACCUUUAUCACCGGCUACACGCUUGAUGGAUCAUAGUAAUACUCCGGAACAUCACGAUGUGACUACUUUCCAACACCAUCAGCAACAACAUCAGCAUCAACAUCAUCUUCAACAAUCUCAACAUCAGCAACAUCCGAUACAUCCUAGUCAUUCUCAACUAGAUCUACUUUAUCAAUCAGCAACUUCAAAUUAUAUGAUUUAUGAUAAUCUCGAAGAACACAAAAGAUUUCAUCCUCAAGAACAUCAAAGUGUUAAAAGUGUAUUGGAACAUUCAUCAUCGUCAAUUGUUUAUGAUAGAAGAUUGAACUCGCCGGCAUUUAUUUCUGAACAAAAUCGAGAACAGGAACAGCCUGCUAAUAUUUUUCUACCAGCAUCCCCUGGACAAGUUUGUGCGAGAAUAAUUGGACACCAUCCUGGUUCGGUAGUUUGGAAUUCUACACAGGAUUAUAAAACUGAAAUUGAUGAUCAACAUCAACACCAACAACCACAACUUCAUCAUCAUCAUCAUCAUCAUCAUCAUCAUCAACAACAACCACAACCACAACCUCAACAAUUUCAUCAACAACCACAACCACAACCCCAACCCCAACCCCAACCCCAGUUACAACAGGAUUACAAACAAAUACCAAUUGAACCAGAACAACACCCCGAAUCGUCUGAUAAAGAUUUUGUAAAUUCUCGGAGUGGUGUUAAAAAAAAAAGAAAACUCGUACAAAGCGAGGAUUCCGAGACGGAACAUGCCACGUCGUCCUCGGGUAAAAUGAAAUUACGUCGUAAGAGUGGUGCCUCUAUGGAGGAAAUACAUAAUCAAAGGGUUAUGGCUAAUGUACGUGAACGUCAAAGGACCCAAAGUCUUAACGAAGCAUUUGCCGCAUUAAGAAAAAUCAUUCCAACAUUGCCAAGUGACAAAUUAUCUAAAAUACAAACAUUGAAACUUGCGACAAGGUACAUCGAUUUCCUGUAUCAAGUUCUUCAUUCUAAUAUACAAUAUAAUAUGGAGGAUUCCGAUGAUAGAACACCAAGAAGUGCAGUAUUGGCUGCAAGGGAAAUAACUUCAUCACCAUCUUGCAGUUACAUGGCACAUGAAAAACUCUCAUACGCGUUUAGUGUUUGGCGUAUGGAAGGUGACUGGAAUACUAAUUCAUAAUUAAGUACCUGGUAUAUAU